ACUUAGUACGGACUUCGCGCGCGCGGAGAGUAGACGCCAUAUUGGAUUCAUUUUAUUUUUAAUUUAGUUUUUUUAAACCGGUCGAAAGUGAGUGCAGCCAGUGAAUUAUAAUAUUUAAAAAGUUAAAAAUAUAUGUUACAUAGCGGCAAAAAACUUGCAACGUCAAAUCUCCCGCCAAAAAUGUUAUGACAAAGACUAUUCAAAAUGGCGGAGUUUUUUCUUAAAUUGCGGGGCAAAGACAAGCAGAAGAAGAGAGACAGCGUAUACUCUGUGGUGUCAAGCAGCGACGUCACGCCUGGAAGCCUAUCGGUGUGGGUAGACCUCCCUGAUGAGGUCAAGUACGAUCCGUCAUUGGUGAGGUUUAAGGAGCUGUAUGAACAGCAUCAUGGAAAAUUGGAAGCAGAUACCGAAGAAGAUGACAAAAAUGUCUACAACAAGAAGAUAGCUCACCUCACUCCCAUUGGAGAGACUCUGCCCCAUGAUGAUGAUGAUGACAUUGGACCUAGGAAUGGUGGAAACAGAUUAUUAGAGCCAAUACCGCAAGAAGAACAAAAGAAUAAAGUUUCAAAAACUACAAAACAGCUAUACAAGGCUCUAAGAGUACUCAAGCUGACAGCCCUGGUCGGGUGUUGGGUGCUGUUGACUGUGGCGCUACUGCUCAACCAGGAGAGAGAGGAGUCCGUGAUGCAUACUGCAGUCAAUAGUGGUGAGGUUAAGGAAUACGAACUACAUACAGUAAAGAGCAGAGUAUCAGUAUUAGUUACAUUAACUGGACCAUUCAGUGAUACCAGAGGGAAUAACACAAAUUUAUUACAUGUAUGGCUGUAUAGAACUGUGGGAAACAAUUACAGUUCUGUAUUUGAACAGAACUCGACAUCAUGGAUAGUAUAUCUACAACCAGAAGAUAAGUUAGACUUUUCGCCGAGUGCGACGGUAUCGGAAAUAAUUUCACUAGAUUUGGACCAAAAUAAAGACAAUUAUAAUAUUAGUGAGAAAGAUUACAAUUCUUUAAUUUAUAACGAUUCCAGAUCAAAUGACAGAAAUCGUACAACAGUGACUCUUCGCAUGACCACAUCGGUUAACGUGACAGUGCCUUUAACAUUGAGCUACCAGCUCGACCCCAUAGAGGAAGCCCAGGGCAUCAUAUACGCUGCAGCAUUGCUCUGCUCUCUGUAUGUCUUGAUUAUUUUCGAGGUAGUAAACAGGACGAUAGCGGCUCUCCUAUCCUCUACCUUAUCCGUGGCGGUGCUGGCGCUGUGUGGUUGCCGGCCGUCACUCCCGGAGCUGGUCUCCUGGCUGGACGUGGAGACCCUGUUGCUGCUGCUCAGCAUGAUGCUGCUGGUGGCUAUUUUAGCGCAAACCGGUUUGUUCGACUACCUCGCUGUUAUUGCCUUUGAGGUAACAGGCGGCCACACUUGGCCGCUCAUUACUUGUCUGUGUCUCUUCACCGCCGUGUUCUCCACCUUCCUGGACAAUGUUACCACUGUGUUGCUGAUGACGCCUGUUACUAUCAGGCUAUGUGAAGUGAUGCAGCUCAAUCCGAUCCCAGUGCUGAUGUCGAUGGUGGUAUUUAGCAAUGUGGGGGGAGCAGCCACGCCGGUGGGGGACCCCCCCAAUGUGAUCAUUGCGAGCCACCCCUCGGUCCUAAAAGAGAAUAUAAAUUUCACCACGUUUACCCUCCACAUGGGGGUUGGCAUCUUACUGGUGGGGGUGCAGACGUACCUACAGCUGCGAUAUAUGUUCAGAGAUAUGAGUAAGCUGAGACAUAGUGUGCCCGCUCAUCUCAUCGAGUUACGACAAGAGCUUGCUGUGUGGCGUCGAGCCGCCGCUUCUCUGUCUUCAUACUCCAGGGAUGAAGACGUCGUCAGGAGAGCGUUGGAGAAGAAGGUUGAGAGGUUAAACACAGCGUUAGUAAAACGUGAGGCGGGCAGGGCUUCUAAAGCGGACCCCAAGUUUUGUUCUACACUGGCUCAACUGAAGGAAAAGUAUCGGAUACGGGACAAGCAAUUGUUAAUGAAAUCCGUAAUCAGUGUUUCAUUCGUCGUCAUUGUGUUCUUUCUACACGCGUUCCCACAAAUGCAGAGUCUCUCCCUGGGCUGGACAGCGCUGCUGGGGGCCCUGCUGCUGCUGGUGCUGUCAGAGACUGAAGACCUGGAGCCGAUACUGGCCCGGGUCGAAUGGGCCACACUGCUGUUCUUUGCCGCACUGUUUGUUCUCAUGGAGGCUCUCUCCAAACUCGGGCUUAUCUCUUGGAUUGGAAAUAUGACGGAGUCUAUUAUACUGCAAGUGAAUGAAGAGUACCAACUAGCUGUCGCCAUCAUGCUGAUAUUAUGGGUGUCAGGCAUAGCGUCAGCGUUCGUGGACAAUAUCCCGCUGACGACGAUGAUGGUGCGAGUCACGGCGCGGCUGGCUGAGCCGGCAGGGCUAGGACUACCGCUGGCCCCGCUGGCGUGGGCGCUUAGCUUCGGAGCUUGUCUUGGAGGUAACGGCACGCUUAUCGGAGCGAGUGCGAACGUCGUGUGUGCAGGAGUCGCCGAACAACACGGCUAUAGAUUUACUUUCCUAGAGUACCUGAAAAUAGGCUUUCCAAUCAUGAUAGGAAACCUACUAGUGACGUCCGUCUACCUGUUACUUUGUCACUGUGUUUUUACGUGGCAUUGAUAUUAUUUGAUAUUAUUCUAUGCAAAUUAUUUAAAUAAAAUCGUUAUUCUAUUUUG